UUGCCUGGAGGGGAAAGGAGAUCUCAAGACAAUCUUCAGUAGGAUGCAGGCGUUUUUAAAAACCUCUUCCCUGAUAACAACUCCACACAUUACUGUUUACUUUCACAAGCUUUUACUCACUCUAACCGCACCGUAGCAGGUGACCUCAGAUCAGGAAACCUGGCAGAAGCCGACUGACUCAUAGAGGUUUGAGCCGAGCUUUGGAUCCUCCCCGACUGCCUGAGCGAGAGCAGAGUCAGGAGCUGAAGCCUCACUUUCUUCCCCCAGUGCUCAGAGACUGCACGCCAGGCACGAGGCUCCCUGCUCCCCACCCACCCUCCUCCCUUCUCCCACUCUGAUUUUUCCUGGGCUUCUGUCCAGAGAGUGACUGGCCUCAGUGGAACCAAGAGGAGGAUCAGAAACUGAGGACACAUUACAGCAGCUCCAACUCUGCCUGCCUGUCUGUCUGCCUGCUGGGACGGACAAAGGUUGUUUUUUUUUCUUUCUUAGAAAUUAACAGCUUCUACUCUUUUCUGGGAUUUGUUUUUUUGGAGACUUAAUAUUUCUUUUCAGUUUUUACUUUCUUCUUGUUCAGAUCAGACAGAGCGGCUCUCCAUGCAGACGGACUGACAUAUGGACAGAGAGCAGUGAGCACUGCAGCGUGAAUGUAGCAACUGGACUUCUCUUUUCCCUGGUUACUAAGACCAAACAAGGAUAAUAGCCAAAUCACUAUCUUUUCCACCAAGGUAGUGGGUGGAUGCAGCUUUCAGCAGACGGCUAUAGGGGAAAGCAGCCCCUGCACAGAGACUGCGGAUAUACAUCUAGUUGAUCGACACUGGUGAUCCUAAGAAAAAAAGACUCUUAGCUCUAAGAAGACUUUUUUGUGGAUGCCAAACAGUGCAAAAACCUGUGGAUUUUUGCCAUUUUUAUUCGACUCUGCUGCUCAAGCUGAGGGGACUUAAUUGGUUUUGAACUUGGUGAAUGUAAAAUGUUUGUUUCAGUGAUGGCAGGAUGCAAAAGGACUGUGACUAAGUCACUGAUGCUGCUCUAUCUUCAUCUGCUUUGCAUGGCUCUCACAGCCCACAGCGUCUACCCAAGGAUACGUCUCUCCCACAAAGAACUUUGGCAGAUGAACAGGACCUGGGUGUUCCAGGGUCGUGCCGUGCCUCUUCAGCCUCAGACUAUGUUGCUGGAUGAAAUCCACCAGAGACUUUACGUCGGUGCCAAGAAUGCUCUGUUCUCCCUUAGUCUGGACCGUGUUAACGCACACUACAGACAGAUUAACUGGGCCAGUACAGAAUCUCAGAUAGAGGAAUGUAUGAUGAAGGGGAGGGAAAAGCCCGAGUGUGCAAACUACAUCAAAGUGUUGCAGCAAUACAACCAGACCCACUUGCUGGUGUGUGGAACAGGGGCCUUUAACCCUAUCUGUGUUCUGGUCAGAGUGGGACACAAAGGGCAGGAGACCGUGUUUGCUCUUAAAGAGGAGAGCUUUAUGAGUGGCAAAGGACGUUGUCCAUAUGACCCGAAGAGUUCCUGCGUAUCUACUCUUUCCAGAGGAGAACUGUACAUUGGCUUGUACACUGACUACUGGGAGAACGAUGGUGCUUUGUGUCGACUUAACAACCACACUUACACACGAACUGAAAGAAAUGACAGACAGCAGCUCAAUGAGCCCAAGUUUGUGGCCUCAGCAGUCAUUCCCGACAACGAUGACAGGGACGACGACAAAGUUUACUUUUUCUUCACGGAGCGAGAAAUGGAUGCGGAUGGAGUGAACAGAGCUGUGUACGCUCGAGUCAGCAGAGUGUGUGCGAAUGACCAAGGAGGACAGAGAAUGCUGGUGAACAGAUGGAGCUCUUUCCUUAAAACCCGUCUCAUCUGCUCUGUACCUGGACCACUCGGUAUAGAUACACACUUUGAUGAUCUUGAGGACGUAUUUGUUCUCAACAACAAAGACAAGAAAAAUCCAGAAAUCUUUGGCCUCUUUAGCACAACGAGUGCUGUGUUUAAAGGUUAUGCAGUGUGUGUUUAUAACAUGGACGACAUAAGAGCAGCUUUUAACGGACCGUUUGCCUCCCGAGAAAGUCCUGAGCAUCAUUGGACACCUUACGAGGACAGAGUCCCCUACCCCCGACCUGGAUCUUGUGCCAGUAAAGUGAACGGUGGAGGCUUCUCCAGCUCUAAGGAGUUUCCUGAUGAGGUUCUGCGGUUCGUGCGCUCCCACCCUGUGAUGUAUCGUCCAGUCCUUCCGCAGCAUCACAGACCUGUCCUUCUGCAGACAGAGCCAGGCAGAAGAAAGCUGACCCAGAUUGCAGUGGACAGAGUCCAAGCCCAAGAUGGACACUACCAUGUCCUGUACAUCGGCACCGAUGACUCUGUGGUUUUGAAAGUUAUCACCAUCUAUAAUAAAGAUACCGACACCAUGGAGGAGGUGCUGCUAGAGGAGCUGCAAGUGUUCAAGGUGCCAGCACCAAUUACAGAGAUCAUCAUAUCGCCUAAAAGGCAACAGCUGUAUGUGGGGUCAGCAGUGGGCGUUGCACAGGUCAGACUGCAUCAGUGUGACCUGUAUGGUUCAGAGUGUGCUGACUGUUGUCUGGCCAGAGACCCAUACUGUGCCUGGGAUGGGCUCACCUGCUCCAGAUACUACCCUGCUGGAGUUUACACCAAGAGCCGACGAUUCAGACGACAAGAUGUUCGCCAUGGCAACGCCGCACAGCUGUGCAAUGGGCUGCAAAUUGAUGAUGAACAAUGGCAAAGAGCAGAGGAGAGGCUCGUUUACAGCGUGGAGAGCAACAGCACUUUACUGGAAUGUGUCCCUCGAUCACUUCAAGCUAAGGUCCUCUGGUUUUUACAGAAAGAAGGAGAGAAACAUGAGAUUCGAGGUGAUGAGCGGGUCAUCAUGACCCCCCACGGGCUCCUGUUUUUACACGUGAGAAGCUCUGACGCCGGUGUGUACGUGUGCCAGACUGUGGAACACGGAUAUGUGCACACUUUACUACGGAUCAGUCUGCGGGUGCUCAGAGGGGAGAGGUUGGAGUCGGUGAUUCACACGCCGAGCGACAGCGGGAGAGACCGAGCUGCAGCCUCGUGCCACACCGUCAUGGCCCCCCCACCGGGCCCCAGCGUCAGCCCCAGGUCCCUGUUGCCACCCUCGGCCCCGGCGCCCAACUCCAGGCUGUGGUACAAAGAGUUCCUCCAGCUAAUUGGCUACGGUGACGCACAGAAGGUGGAGGAGUACUGCGAGAGAGUGUGGUGCUCUGAUAAGAAGCGUAAAAAGACCAAAAGGAGGUACGCUCCUCUGGGUGGUGAAAAGAAAGGAAAGGGGAGGGGAGAGGAGAACUCCCACCGAGCUCCCAGGCACACUUUUGACACCUGAAGAGAUCACACACACACACAAACACACGCACACACAGUCUAAAGGUCAGACUUGCUCACUGUGUGCACCGCCGAAGAGGUUUUUGCUUUACUUUAAUUAAGAGCAGUAACAUAAAAAAAAACACAGUAGCCUACUGCCUCAUAUUUGUAGCUACAUUUAUGUGUCUUUGUUGCUUUUAUCAAAAGCCAAAUCUCCUCUUUUCUGUAAAUUUGUGAUUAGGUGCAUAUCCUGAAGUCUGCAAAUAUCACUGUUAAUAAAGAAGAUGUCCUGGACAGACGGACAAAACAUUGAUGCCUCUGAUGUGAGAGAUCCAUAAAAAAGUCUCCAAUUUUCAAACAAUCCCAACCCUACUGUCAAUCAGAGUGAUUCGUUUAAAAUAAAGAACUGCGCCACUGUCACUGACUUGCAGAAAAUUACAACCAUUUUCUGUAAAUAUUAUGAAAAAAAGCAAUGUAAAAGCUCUUGUUUUUCUUUCAUAGCAUGGUAAAUUAUGCUUUUCUCUGUUUUAGUUUAAGGUUUUUUUUAGCUAAUAUAAUAGUAAAAAAAAUCUGGAGAACAUAGUGUUGUUGUUUUUGUACAGUGAAAAUACUUUGAGCUCUAUAAUACUGGUAAUUUAAAGGCAUUUCAGUCGUGGAUGCCGGUUGUGUGGUUAUAAUAGCCAGGAGAAUAUAUGUUGCAUUGGUAAAUGAGGCAUGUUUCAAGUAUAACUCACACAACACAAUAAAACUAUUUAUGCACUUAUAAAACCUGCUUCGAUAGAUGAAAAAUGGUUUUAAAAAUGAA